UGAGGCUGGGGCUCUGAGGAUGGUGUGUACGUUCCAGUGGCUGGAGUGGAGACGGACCACAGCUCAUCUGUCCUGCCUUCUGUGAAGGUGCAGCCAUGUCUGUGAUGAUAGCAAGAAAGAAGGUGACGCGGAAAUGGGAGAAGCUGCCAGGAAGGAAUACAUUCUGUUGUGAUGGGCGCGUCAUGAUGGCCCGACAGAAGGGAAUCUUCUACCUGACUUUGUUCCUCAUUGUGGGGACAUGUACCCUUUUCUUUGCAUUUGAAUGUCGCUAUCUGGCUGUCCAGCUCUCCCCAGCCAUCCCUGUCUUUGCCGUGGUCCUCUUCCUGUUUGCAAUGGCCACACUUUUGCGGACAAGCUUCAGUGAUCCUGGGGUCAUUCCACGAGCCCUGCCUGAUGAGGCAGCUUUCAUUGAGCUGGAGAUCGAGGCGACCAAUGGAACUGUUCCUCCGGGCCAGCGGCCACCGCCACGCAUUAAGAACUUCCAAAUCAAUAACCAGAUAGUGAAGCUGAAGUACUGCUACACAUGCAAGAUCUUCCGUCCACCCCGUGCCUCGCACUGCAGCAUUUGUGAUAACUGUGUGGAACGAUUUGAUCACCAUUGUCCCUGGGUGGGGAACUGUGUUGGGAAGAGGAACUACCGUUACUUCUACCUCUUCAUCCUCUCCUUGUCUCUACUCACAAUCUACAUCUUCUCCUUCAACAUUGUCUACGUUGCCCUGAAAUCUCUGCAGAUCGGCUUUUUGAAUACUCUGAAAGAAACACCAGGGACGGUCCUGGAGGUUCUGAUCUGCUUCUUUACUCUGUGGUCUGUGGUGGGCUUAACUGGCUUCCACACUUUCCUGGUAGCACUGAACCAGACAACUAAUGAAGAUAUCAAGGGUUCCUGGACUGGGAAGAACCGUGUGCAGAAUCCCUAUAGCCAUGGCAACAUCAUGAAAAACUGCUGUGAAGUUUUGUGUGGACCCCUGCCUCCCAGUGUACUGGAUAGACGGGGAAUCUUGCAGCAAGAGAUCGCAGCCCAAGAGAGCAGCAACGGGCUGGAACUGAGAACGCAGGUGGAGAAGAGCACAGAGGAACCCAGUGCCCAGGAAGCCACCGAUGCUCCAGAAGAGGGCCACGCCCUUACGGAGGAGAGUGCACUCCCUGUGCCAACAUGCGAAGUGCCACAAGAAACAGUGCAGCCGCCUGCUGCUGUGGAGCAAUCUGUUCCACCCGUGGAACACGGGCAGUCAACGCAUUAG